CCUACCUCAAUCAGUUUGUUUCCGGUUUGAAAACAAACACAAACGCGUGUUAUAAAAAAAUGGAUAUACGCGAUUCACCACCUGCCAAAAAUAAGGACGAGGGGGACUUACUAGUCACUAUGAAGAGAGGAAGAGGUCGUCCGAGGAAGAUUGAGUCUAGCAUGAUGAAGACCAGUGAUGAGGUCAUGGACAAUAGACCUCAGAAAAGACAAAGAACAGUGUAUCAGAAUGAUAAACAUAUGGAGUCUGACAGACUCAGAAAAAAGAUGCGGUUGUCUUACGCUGAACCAAGUGAUGGUGACUCAUUUGGGGAUGAUUUUAGUGAGUCUGGAUUUGAGUCGGAAACUGAUAAUGAAAUACCAGGCUAUCAAACAGGACCCAAGAAAGAUGCAAGGGGAAGGGGGCGUCCAAGGAAAAGUGAACAUCUGGAGGUAAAAUCCAAGAAAGGACGAGGAAGACCAAGGAAGAUUCAGCAGCUGUUAAGGGCAGAAGAUGUUGGUGACAGAAUCCACAGUAUUGAAGCAGAGCUUUUUGGACCGAAGAAACAAAUCGACAACAAUAUGCCUCCCGAAGUUAAGGGAAAACGGGGAAGACCAAAAAAGUUGAAGGAGCGUAAAAGAGGGCGUCCAAGAAAGUCCAUAGAAACAAGUGAGGACGAGAAGCCUGAAAAAGUUCCAUCAGAAAGAGGAAGAGGGCGACCAAAAGGUUCAACUAAAAAAACUGUCGAUGAAUCAAGCACCAGUUCUGAAGAUUCCUUUGAUGCAACGGAUAAAGGAAAAAUUGAAAGUUCAGAAGAAUCAUCAGACACCACGAGCAGUUCUGAUGACAGUUCUACUAGCCAUGAAGAAAUUGACAAUACCAAAACUGAGCCAGGUUAUGAGAAAGAGAUAGACAAAGCUGAAGUAACUAAAAAGGGAAAACGGGGAAGACCAAAAAAGUUGAAGGAGCGUAAAAGAGGGCGUCCAAGAAAGUCCAUAGAAACAAGUGAGGACGAAAAGGAUCUGACAUGGAAGCCUUAUACAGAAGAUGGAGUAAAGAGUGGAAGAGGUCGACCAAAGAAUCCUUUAAAGAUAAGGCCAGAGAAAGUGCCAGGGAGAGGCAGAGGUCGGCCUAAAAAUCCUUUUAAGGUACAGAUACACACUGAAACACCUGAAAAAGUUCCAUCAGAAAGAGGAAGGGGGCGCCCUAAAGGGUCAACUAAAAAACCGAGAGGUCGACCGCCACAGAAACAUCAGACUGCCGAUGAAUCAAGUACCAGUUCAGAAGCAAGGGAUAAAGGAAAAAUUGAAAGUUCAGAAGAAUCAUCAGACACCACUGACCAGUUGCUUAUGCAGCCUGAAAAAGUUUCAUCAGAAAGAGGGAGGGGGCGACCAAAAGGGUCAACUAAAAAACCGAGAGGUAGACCGCCACAGAAACAUCAGACUGUCGAUGAAUCAAGUACCAGUUCAGAAGCAACAAAUAAAGGAAAAAUUGAAAGUUCAGAAGAAUCAUCAGACACCACGAGCAGUUCUGAUGACAGUUCUACUAGCCAUGAAGAAAUUGACAAUACCAAAACUGAGUCAGGUUAUGAGAAAGAGAGUGACAAAACUGAAACAAUUAAGAGCAGCAGCCCAAAAACGGCAAAUUACAAUCAGGAAAAGGACUCUGAUAAAAAAGCAGAGAAAUCUGGACAUAAACAAGGGGGGAAACUGAAUGAUAUUAAAGAGACUAAAAGUUUGAAUCUUUUAUACACUGGGAUUAAUUUAUCUACUUCACCAUCACCGGCAAGUUCAGUGGCUGCUGAGUCAAGAAAAGAAGUCGGGGACAGUCACUCUUUAUGUGAAAUUCCUGUCAUGUAGAAACAUACUUGCAUAAAUCAUUUGAGCUGUGUUCUGGAAAAUUCGGGCUUGAUGCAUAUGCGUAAAGUGUCGUCCUAGAUUAGUCUGAUCAGACUCACGAAAGUUACUUUCUGCCUAGACUGGAUUUUUCUCUAGAAGAGACUGCACAGGCUAAUAUGGAAAGAUACAUGAACACAUCAUCUUGACUAGGUUUGUGUAUAGAGGAGACUUCCUUCUAACAAAAAUGUCCAUCAAAGCAGAAGGUGUCUUUACAGACCAUGGCUAAUUGGCAUUGUACAUGUAUGCUGUGCCAUACUAAAGACCCAGUACAUAGUAGUGUUCAUGUUCUAUGUUUGACUGAUUUCUUAAAGGUUUUCAUGUUAGUGUUCAGUUUGCAUUUGCUUGGUCUACAUUGAAAUUGUAAAAAAUCACUGUUUUGAAAAUGAAAAGUUUGUUAGAUUUUAUAUCACAGUUCAUGUUGUAAACUCAUGUACUUGCACAUAAAUAGAUCAAUACCAGUUAUCAUUUGUAAAAAUGCAUCCAAAAUGAAACACAUUUUACAGUUGAAUGUAAACUAAGUGUUGAAUGGCCAUUUUUUAUUUGAGCCAUGCUCUGUGAAAAAGUGUUUUGAUGCAUGUGCCUAAAGUGCAAUGUGCACAGGCUAAUCAGAGACAACACCAUGUGCCUAAAGUGCAAUGUGCACAGGCUAAUCAGGGACAACACUUUCCACUUUUAUGAUAUUUUCUGGUAAAAGAAAGUAUCUUCUUAGCAAAAAUCCAGUUAAGACGGAGUGUCUUCCCAGAUUAGCCUGUGCCAACUGCACAGGCUAAUCUGGGACAACACUUGACGCACAUGCAUUAAACCCCCUUUUUCACGACUCCUUUAUAUUGUUAACCAGUACAAUUUGAGGUAAGGAGCUGUCAUGUUGCAGAGUACAAAUAAUCCUCACUGUGAGACUACUGGGCUUAAUGCAUGAGUGUUAAAUGUUUCCCAAGAUAAGCCUGCUCAUUUGCACAGGCUAAUCAAGGAUGACACAUUUGACAUUAAUGGAAUUUCUGUUUUGAAGGCAGUCCCAUCUUAACGAAAAUCCAGUUGAGGCAGAAAGUGUUGUCCCUGAAUAGUACGCACAUUUAUGAAGCCCCAUUUUCCCAGAGCGUGGCACAAAGGACCCUAAAUUGCAUUGAUUUAUUUUCUCUGCUUUGACCAUAGCAAUAAUUAUGCUUAUUUAUUGUAAAGAGAAUGUUCUAGCACACUAGGUCUGAUAUCUAUUAUUCUUAAUGGAGCUUUUAUGGAAAAAAAGUGUAUUUGUAUGCCCACAUGUACUGGGGGACAUUGAGCAUUCAAGCUUUUAACUCCUCCUUCACUUUAGAGUAGAAUUCUCUUAACCCUUUCCCCCAUAAGAAGCAAAGUGAAAAUGGCUUUUGCAACCAGCAUAAAACUUGAACAGCCUGCGAGAAACUCUCAGUCUGUUCAGAUUUUAUGCUGUUUGCUUCUCAACCAUAACUAAAGGUUGAAAAUGAGGCCUUUAAAACUUGAAUUUAGUAAGAAAAGUACCAGUAUUUAAUUGUUUGUAGCUUUCUAACGGACUACAAAUGCGUCAAAAAAUGUAUUUAAGUGGUAAAGGGUUGAACUUGUAUAGUUGAAAGACAUUAAUGUGUAGAUGAUCUGAAACAAGUUUUAUUUUUAAUUGUGACCCUAAGUCUGUUUUUCACCUAAAUGUUUAUUUGAUCGUACAGAAAGAAAAUCUGACUGUAACCAGAACUGAAUUAUGGCCCUGUGUCGUAUUGUCAACUGCUAAAGUAAAAAGUGGCUUUGUCCAAAGUCCCAACAUAUGUUGUGGGGGUAUCAGUGUCUGUGACGCAUUUCUGGUUUGAAUUGUAUCUUUUCUUACUUAGUGUGCAUCUGUUUACAAAAUGUCAUAAGUUUCCAUAUUUAAAAUUUAAAAACUAUUUUCACAAGUAUUGGUUUAACUAGUACCGUUAUUUCACUGUCCUUACUAGCUUUUAUAUUCUUGCUAUUUUCUCCACUGAAAUGAAUUUGUUUGUUGGUUGUUGUUGUGUUUUAGUAUUAAUGUUCCAUCAUUUGUUAACAAUCAUUGUGUUAUAGUAUAAAUGUUCAUGAUAUUCAUUAUUUAUAAACAAUAAUGUGUUCUUUUUGUAUGCAUUUAGCACAUGCAAGCUAAGAUGGUGUGUUCCAAAAAGCAAUGCGUUAUAUUGGACUGUAUUUUGAAGAGGAAGAUCAUGUAAUGAAUUGUGUUCAAAGUUCUUAAUGCUUAUUAUCUGUUCUUAUUGUUGUAUAUGGCCUUCUAGUGUUGUUUUUGUCUUUUUUGACUUGUGACCGUUUUGUAUUGUGAAUAGAAAGGAAAUGAAUCUUGUUUUUUCUGUUUAUGUAUUAUUUAAUGUAGAUUAAAGAA